AUGUUGGUUAGGGGAUAUUUUCUACCUACAGGACUGUUGUGUCUCCGAGUGCUAGGUAUAACCGUCCCACCUCUAAAACAGCGCGGCGAGUCUGCCUCAUUAACAUGUGAUUACGAUUUGGAGGGCGGCAAACUCUACUCCGUGAAGUGGUACCGGGACACAGAAGAGUUCUACCGGUAUAUGCCGCGGCUCCGCCCGCCGCAGCACGCUCACAGGCUAGAUGGAGUGAAAGUUGACUUGGACAAAUCCAGCGCGCGGCGAGUGCACCUCCGAGACCUCACCCUCCGCUCCCGAGGCCUGUACCGCUGCGAGGUAUCCGAGGAAGCGCCCUCCUUCUACUCCGCUCAGGCUGAGGGCUACAUGGAAGUCUAUUACUUUCCCCGCGAAAGUCCAUAUAUAACAGGCCACGAGCGUCCGUACCGUCUCAACGAGCCCCUGGACGUGAAUUGUUCCUCAGCCAAAGCGUUCCCGGCACCCGACUUGCAAUGGCUCAUCGAUGGACAGAAGGUAACGGAGCGCUCCUGGUUAAUCGCGUAUGGGGCCAAACCUGCCCCGCAAGGGCUGCUGGUAUCCACCCUCGGGUUGACGGCGCCGGCGAAACCGAAUAUGAAGCUCCGAUGUAUCGCCGUCAUAGGCACGCAUAGAAGGGAGAGGAGCAUUAUCAUAGAAACCAACUCUUCUAUCAGUCUCCAACACUACGGUUUUGUGGUCAUCACAACACUCGCUGUAUUUGGCAUUAUUUUCCCAAAAGUGUCAUGAUGCUGUAAAUAUUUGAAUACCUAC